AACACGAGAACAGGCCAACGGGUGAGAUCACCCACACACUCGGGGUAGGGUCGGCAAUGCAGUGGUGCGCGGUUCGUUCGAGUAGUAACUGGCCACAGCUUGUUGUCGAUAAGCCCGUGGAUGUGUCGAAAAGUCCUUGCGACUGAAAGCUCUCAAAAAUUUUCACCAAAAAGCCCAUCAACGACAGCUUCAAGGAAUAAAAAAAUAAUUGUGGAGUGAAAAUCGUGUGGGGAGAUUGCAGUGAUGUUCGAGCGGUAAUUCAUAAACGUGAGACUAUCUGGACCUGCUCCAGCCACUGGGAAUUUAUCCAUUUUUUUUCCAGUGAUGCUGAGUGAUGUAGAGGACCACUUGUUACCAGCGAUACUCUUUUCCCCGUAGAUCGAAUGAUAAUGGCGUGUCCGUUGAAAUAUUGAUCGUUUCAACCCUAUGAUUUACCGAGGAAAAGGACUAAAAAAGGUGGUGAAACGAGACAGUGCCCUGGUGACGAGGUAUCCGGGUCACAGGGAUAAUGCGUUCAAUAUCUAGUGGAGGAGUAACAUCAAAUUAUCUCAUGUUCAUGCUUUUCAAUAGCAAUAUCACACUAUGAGGAUAGCCUUGACAUAAUCACAAGGUCUCCUCACUGAUAAAUGAUUAAAAGUCAUCAGCAGAAAAAUUGAAAAAAAAAAAAGAAGGAGGAUUUUUCUAUUUUUUAUACGAGAAUAAAUCAUUGUCACCCCUCCUCUUUCCCCGAAUCAUGUAAUGAUUGAUGAAAGGAAGAAUGUCAGGUGACCGUGAGCGUCAGAGAUUCAGCUGGGAGAUGAAAAAAAUCGCAACUAAAAUAAGCCCUCGUCGUUUUCUAUUUUCCCCCCUCAGCGGAUUUCCGUGGUGCAUCAGAACUAUUCGGUAAACCUUGAUCAACAUCUACCGAUAAUUCGUCGAAAAAAUUCAAGAGAAGAAAAAAAAAACAAAAGAACCGUUUUUCAACGAUUAAAAUUGACAAGUUCCAUCAUCUCGUUAUCACGAAGAGCACUGACAGGAUUAAUUCUUUGAAAGAAAUUUUUAUGUUGUGUGUAACGCGGGAUUUUCACCACAAAAAAACGAAUUUGUAAGGGACAACGAGUGCAAAGUUAUCAGUAAUAAGAGGAACUGAAGAGCCCCAGGAUCAUUUCAAUGAUUAUGAGUGAAGGACUAGUAGAUAUAAUGCACCAGAACAAGAGGUAUCAGUCUGCAAUGAGCUCUAGCAUCUGAAAAACUAGCAGGAGAAACGUGAUCUUGAAUGAUGCCUCCUUGAGAGUUGAGCACUGCUUUUAUUUUUUUUUCUUUUUUCUUUGAAUCAUGGAGGUGAGUUUUUACUGAGUCCGGGGCCCCCCUUCAAGUGGCCAGGGUGUCAUGCCCCCGGGGGCUAAGGGUGGGGCGGAGGGCCUUGAUCCCUCGUGUUCAGAGCUACACGUGAGCGAGGAGAUAUCUCCAGUUAAUAUAGCACCACCCCUGAAUCUCCUGCAGAGAUGCUACCGACAUAUGAAGAGCUCGGGAAUUGGAGAGGCGAGUGUCUACCAUGCACUGGUUGUGAUAUUCUUGGAGUUCUUCGCAUGGGGACUCUUGACAAUGCCAAUAAUAUCGGUAUUAAAUGAAACAUUUCCAGAUCACACGUUUUUAAUGAACGGUCUGAUCAUGGGAAUAAAGGGAAUACUUUCGUUCCUAUCAGCACCGUUGAUCGGGGCAUUGUCAGACGUAUGGGGAAGAAAAUUUUUCUUACUCAUAACAGUUGCAUUUACCUGUGCACCAAUACCACUUAUGAGUAUUAAUACUUGGUGGUUUUUUGCUAUGAUAUCCAUAAGUGGGGUUUUUGCCUGCACUUUCUCCGUUGUGUUUGCAUACGUUGCUGAUGUUACUGAGGAGAGUCAACGAUCAUUGGCUUAUGGAUUGGUGUCAGCGACAUUUGCUGCUAGUAUGGUGAUAAGUCCAGCUCUAGGUGCAUGGACAAUGACAACUUAUGGAGAAAAUCUAGCUGUUGCACUGGCAACAGCAAUAGCCAUACUCGACGUAUUCUUUAUUCUCGUGGCUGUACCGGAGAGUUUGCCAGAAAAAGCACGACCUCCUGUUCCAAUUUCAUGGGAGCAGGCUGAUCCAUUCGCCGCCUUGGGAAAGGUGGGAAAGGAUCACACAAUUUUGAUGCUGUGUGUCACAGUCUUUCUGAGUUAUCUACCGGAGGCUGGACAGUACAGCUGUAUAUUUGUGUAUCUAAAACUUGCCAUGGGCUUCUCAGCAGCAAUGGUUGCUGUUUUCAUUGCUGUCGUUGGUAUUCUCAGUGUUGGGGCACAAAUUCUUUUGGGACCUCUCAUGAGAACUCUUGGAAGUAAACACACUAUCAUGCUCGGCCUCUUGUUCGAAAUGCUGCAGUUAAUGUGGUAUGGCUUCGGUUCACAGACUUGGAUGAUGUGGGCGGCUGGUGUAUUAGCAUCAGUAUCAAGCAUAACGUAUCCAGCGAUAUCAGCAUUCGUGUCGAUGCACUCAGAUGCUGACAAACAGGGUCUCGUUCAGGGAAUGGUAACUGGUAUGAGGGGUCUCUGCAAUGGCCUUGGACCAGCUAUGUUUGGUGUUAUAUUCUAUUUGUUCCACGUCGAUCUCAAUGACGAUACACCGUCACUACCUCUCAAAUCAUCAUUACUUGAUGAUAGUAAUAGAACAGGGACUGCAACGCAGCAUGUGGAUAUCAUUCCCCAGAUAAAUCAUCAUUUUGAUAUGAUGAUGAAAUUUCAGCUGGUACCAGGGCCCCCCUUCGUGUUCGGCGCACUAUUGGUGAUAUGCGCUCUACUCGUUGCUGCUUUUAUACCCGAGUCAAGUCCAACAACAACAGGUCCAUUGCAUCACCACUCUUCCACAUCGCGGAGGCCAUCCGGUAAAUACGCAUAUCAGAAAUGUUUAUCUCUGGAUGUUCAUUACGAGCCGGAGAGACUCGGUAGUGGGCGCAUAAAGUGACGAAGCGAGAAACGCGGAAGUUCUCCAAGCCAAAGAUCGAUUAAGUUAAAUAGCAGCCAAUAAGUGAGUGAAAAAAUACGUUUUGGGACAUUGUACCGACGAAAGAAUUUAAAAAGUGCGUUAGACCUGAAAAAAACACAUUUUAAAUAAUUCCUGGCACGCUCGAGGAGCUCUCCUGCUGGCAUAAUCACAUGCGUCAAUUGCUUAAAAGUGCUCCCCACGUGUCUCAAGGGAGAAUGUACGAAAAUAAUAAUUUUAGUAUAAUAGUAAUAAUAGGAAAAUGAGAGAUAUGAGUCACGUAUGGAGAGAUCUUUGAGUUGAGUGCUACGGCUAAUUGAUUUAGGAUCAAAUAUCAAAUUCUCGUGUUGAAAUGAGGAAACGUGUCUUUUUUCAUUUGUAGAGAAUCACAUUUUGCAAGUUGUCAAUUUUAUGUUCGUGAAAAGGGAAUGAACAAGUAAUACGCAGCUCUACUGUAAUUAUAAAAACGUCAUGAUGAAGUUAAUAAUUGCGAGUAUAAAGUUGUGGUCAAGAGGAUGCCUAGUUUAAGGUGUAGAGAUCGAUUUGAUGACUAAAAAUAUUGUCAAUAUCGAGUGAAAAAAAAUGUACAUGUACGAUUUAUGAUUGCAACAGUAAAAAUAAAUUAUUUUUAAGAUAAAGGAAAGAAA